UGCUAUAUCUUCCAGUAAUAUGACUCAAAAAUAUACGUAUAUACGUAUUUUUAAUUUCCAGUAUAUUACCACUAUAUAAGUCAAUAAUUUUUUCUUUCUACUUAUUAACGAAAAAUUAAGGAUUUUAUAAAUAAAUACUGAAUUAUAUUAAAUAAUUGAUCUUCUAACGGAAAAAAAAACAAUUUAACUUUAUUAGCUAUUCAUCGCUUGUUAUUAGUGUUAGGUUAUAAACAUGAGCAAUAUUUACAUACAAGAACCACCCACGACGGGAAAGGUGGUAAUGAAGACAACAUUCGGUGACAUAGAUUUGGAAUUAUGGACAAAAGAAGCGCCCAAGGCUUGCAAAAAUUUUAUACAGCUUUGUAUGGAAGGUUACUACAAUGGCACGAUAUUUCACAGAGUUGUAAAAGGUUUUAUAGCGCAAGGUGGAGACCCGACAGGAACAGGAGAAGGUGGUGAGAGUAUAUAUGGAUAUCCUUUUAAGGAUGAAUUUCACACAAGAUUACGUUUUUGCCGGAGGGGCUUGCUUGCCAUGGCCAAUGCUGGAAAAGAUGAUAAUGGUUCUCAAUUUUUCUUCACCCUUGGCUCAACACCGGACUUACAAAAUAAUCAUACCAUUUUUGGCAAAGUUACCGGCGAAACAAUUUACAAUAUGCUCAAAUUGGAAGAUGCUCUUGUAGAUGAAAACGACAGGCCUCAAUAUCCACAGAAGAUCUUAAAAACGGAGGUGUUAAGUAAUCCUUUCCAGGACAUCGUUCCAAGGGUCGGACUUGAGAAGAAAACGGACAGUAAGGACAGCAAGAAAGUCAAGAAGGCUGGUGUAAAAAAUUUCAAGCUACUGUCAUUCGGGGAGGAAGCUGAAGAAGAUGAGGAGGAAUCGUCAGUUUUAAACAAACAAUACAGUGGCAAGGGAAAGUCGGCGCACGAUUGUUUGUCCGAUCCGAAGUUGAGUGCGCAGCCUGUAGUUGAGCCGGCGGGACCACCGAGUAAGAGAUUCAAAGAAGAUCGGAGCAGCGACUGGGAGAGCGACGGCGAAACGCGCACCCCGGAAGAAUUGGCCGCUUUGGCAAAGGAAAAAGAGGCUAUGAAAGAAAGGAUCAAGAGUAAAUUAAGGGACUCGAAGAAGACUUUGCAAUCAAAGCCGAAAGUCAAGGACGAGGUCGAGAAGGAGGAAACGAAUAAUGAGGAUAAGGAGGUGGAGGAGGAAUAUUAUUUCGGGAAGGAUCGGUACGAGGAGCGGAAGAAAAAGGCCGAGGCAAUUAGGAAGGAGAUACGCGAGCUGAAGCGCGACGUGCAAAACGAGAAGCGAGCGAAGAAGGCGGAGCGCGAGCAAGCCGACAAGGAGGAGAAUGACAAGGAGCACGACGAGAAGGAGAAGUCCGAAGUGAUGAAGGAGUACACAGAGACCCAAAUGAGAUACAAGAAAGCGAAGGCGCAGUUGCCGAAGAAGGGUAAGGUGCGCGAGAACUUCACGAUGGAGCUGCUGAACAAAUUCAGGGAUAAGCUGCAGAACGCCAAAGAACAUACGAAGAACAGCAGCACCGAGCAUCUCGACAAGACGACGUUGCCGAGCAACGAGGACGACGAUCCGACUGACGAGUCCUGGAUGACGCACACCUUGCACUGCGAGGAGAAGGCGCCGGUGCUUGCGAAGGACGCCAGCACGAAGGACGACGAUUGGUUCGAGAUCUACGAUCCCCGGAACCCGUUGAACAAGCGGCGUAGGGGCGAGAAGUCCAAGGACGACAGAAGUGGCAAGAAUCAGUCUCGUCACAAGUGAUCUGUAAUUACUGUAUUGAUAAUUGAACGACUGCUCUGCACGAUAAUUGAGCGGUUUACGCGCGAAGAAUGGAUCGCAGCAGCUUUUCUCUCUCUCUCUCUCUCUCUCGAUGCGUCUCUUGGUGCGAAAUCUCGCUCGAGAAGUGGAACGACCGUCGAGUCGCUCGAAUUCACGCGACUUUUCGCCCCGGCACUGUGAAUUUUCCACUCUCGAAUCGUCGAGUGAAGAUUUCCACUCGAAAUCGAAGAGUGAGUCCGGUGUACUUCACCAUCGCCAGAGGGACACAUUCGCUACGAUUGGUUAGAACAUUCGAACAUAUGAAGUCCACUCUGAGCUCGAGUGAACUUCAUUCUUGCGAUUUCAAGCAGCGACGGCGAAAGUAUAACGGUGAUAAUGUGCCGGCGCUCGUGUUUGUGUGAAAUUCGCUCUCCGAGCGAUUCAGAAAGUAAAAAUCACACGUCUCCGCGGGAUCGAAGAUACACCCUCAUCUCUCUCGAUCAGAGAUUCGUAGCGCGACUCGGUGUAGCCUUAUCUCAUUGCGAAGAUACCGUGCGGAUACGGCGGGAUAUGUCGCUGUUUCGUACGUUAAGUUAGUUAAGUGCUCGAGUAAUUGUCUGAAACACACACAUACACACACACACACUCGUUUCCGACUAUUUUUCUCGGCGGCGCGAUUCACGCUCGCCGGCUCGUUGUCACUAUUGACAAGCCGACUGCCGACCGUAACAGACUGCGAGGGACGGCGGGGGAAGGAGGGAAGGAGAGGCGGAAGCCGGUGAUUAAGAUCCCGGAAUUUAUUUUGAAAAGCAUAUAUCGCUCCUCGGCAGUCGCAUGGCGUCGUUUCGCGAGCGGUGAUCGUGCGAUAUCGCCGGACGGACGGACAGACGGAGCGGCGUCUCGUUCGUUGUCUAUGCAAAUACGCGCGGCCGAUCGUCGGCUUCUUACUCCGUACGACAUUAAAACGCGAUAAGGCGUCGAUACGUGGCAUGCAUGCUCGUCCGCGGAUUCAGUCGAUCUCUCGAUCGCGAGCGAUGCGUGUCGCGCGUAUUUAGUGUAACUUAACGAUGCAACCGAACGCGGGUGCAACGUCUUGAUUGGCGACGGAGACACGCUUUCGUGUCGAACGAGCGAGUCCUCUCCGAAGGGUGCCUUCGGAAGGUUCCCUCGUUUCUGCGAAGUGUGAGAGAACGGCACUCGCUGAGGAAAGAGUAACUUCAUCGAAGCUACGUGAAGUUAAAUCUGAUACUUUUGAACGAGGUUGAAAUCGAAGCUAACCGGUGAUUAGUAUUUUUUUAUUGAAGUUGAGACCGAUCGAUUGUGCGUAGCGCGUGGAGCUUCGCUGUAGAGUCCGAGAUGCGAGCGACGAACGAUGUUGAGCGAGAAAAUGCGAGCGAUUAAAAUUGUAAUUUAACAUUGUGCGGUGUAAUUAACGAGAGCAUCCUGUGGGAAGUGUAGAUCAGAGGGAUACGGGGGUGGCUUGAGCGAAUUGCUAAGAGCGAAGUUUCGCGUUCGCGCCGGUCGAGAGGUGAACGAGACCGCUUGGUUUCCUGGGCGAGUUUUCUCAGCGUCCGCGCUGAGAUCCCCGUGGGAAGAUGCCAACGACGCCUCUGAAGAUAGGUAUGCUCGGUGAGAGAAUCUCCGACGGUGACCCGCUUAUCGCUUCGAGCCAGCAGAAACGCGCCGGUUUCAUUAUCGGCUGAAUGAUAGCGCGCAUCGCGCGAAAGCGAACAUCGUUGAUCGCCACCGCGCAAAUGCAAACAUCAGGCGUUUCAUUAAUUACCUUUCGCAAAUGCGUGCGAUGAUAUGUGACGAUUCGUUGACACCGUCGCGCAAAAAUUGCCGUGACAACGGUAUCGGAGGAAGAGAACUUCGCGAAUCGCGUCUCGUUCGUUAAAAUUUUUGGUUGAAAAAUGUGUGGCCUUUGGUUUAGAAAGUUCACCGAAGAUAAUAUAUAUAGAGUAUAAAAAUACAACCGAGAGAAAGAGUCAUGCGAGAAUAUUAUGAUUUGUAAAAAUGAAUGAGAAAUAUAUGGGAUGCGUGGGAAAAGUU